AGCCACAAGGUGCUCGGAGGCACCUUCACCACGUUGGUGCUGCCAAAAGAUGGAGUGAGAUCUGCAAGGGCCCACAUUCUUGCAACCACUUUGAAUCUCGAAGACUAAAGGAGAAACUUGAUCCCCACAACAUUGGCAGAUAAUUCAAUUCCAUUUCUCCAGCCCAAAGAUGUCUUCUCUCCGCCUCUACAAUGUGUUGACGAUUGUCCUGCUUGUCCUUUCCCGCACCUGGGAGGCAACAGAUGCCUUUGCUGGCUUCACUGGUGAUGGCAAAGGGAAAGGUGCCAUUGGUGGUGGUGGUGGCAAGGGUGCCAAUUUUGCUGGUGCUGCAGGUGGAAAGGGCGCUGCAGAGGGCGGUGGUGCUGAAUCAGGAGGCUUUGAUUUUGGCAAUGUGCUUCCCGACCCUUUGGAGGUCAUUGGGAGUAUUGUGGAUAAUGUAGGAGAUGCAAUGAACCCUGAUGAAUCUGAUAUUGAAGGAGAAAGCAUGGGCAAUAGCACAAGCAGCAAUUCCACAAUCUUUUCUGCUGCUGUCGAUGUUGCCCUUGAAACUGCAAUGGAAACAGCAUACCUUACAGCUGAAAACCUAGUUGCUGAGGUUGUAUCUACUCUUUCUAAUGCUGUGGGUGGUGGUGGUGGAAGGAAGCUCAGCAAGCUUCGUGGGGCCAAGAGCAGCACUGUCGAAGCCUGA